GGCGUGGUCAAGUUGACGCGCGGUCACGGCAGCCCAAGCGCGUUCCCGGCGCGUGCCUCUUGUAGCGGGUGGAGAGAGGGGGAAAAAAGGAAGAAGAAGAAGAUGAUGAUAAUGAUGAUGAUGAUGAUGAUCCUCUCCGGCCGCGCCGUGCGCUUCUCCGCCUCCCCACGCAUGCGCCUGCUUUCGGGGACACGGGUUCGAUUCCCCCUGGGGGUCAACUAAACGCCCGCGCUCGCUGCCGCUGCCGCUUCUGUCCGCCUUUGGCGCGCCAUCAGCUCCAGCCACCGAGGCGCACCCCCUCCCAACCUCAUCCACGUUCACGCCGUUCCUUUGAUUUAUGGACAUCACAAGCUCCGAGUGACCGCAAGCCCACCGAGCCAAGAUGGAGGCGGCCAUGGAGAGGGAGUGCAGCGCCCUGGGGGGGCUCUUCCAGACCGUCAUAGGCGACAUGAAGGGCAGUUAUCCUGUCUGGGAAGACUUCAUCAGCAAAGCCAGCAAGCUGCAGUCACAGCUCAGGACGACGGUGGUGGCGGUCGCAGCCUUCCUGGACACCUUCCAGAAGGUGGCCGACAUGGCGACCGGCAGUCGAGGGGCGACGAGAGACAUCGGCUCAGCCCUCACCAGAAUGUGCAUGAGGCACCGCAGCAUCGAAGCCAGACUCCGCCAGUUCUCCACGCUGUUUGUGGACUGCCUGAUCAACCCCCUCCAGGAGCAGAUGGAGGAGUGGAAGAGAGUCGCCAACACCCUGGACAAGGACCACGCCAAAGAGUACAAGAAGGCUCGCCAGGAGAUCAAGAAGAGGUCGUCGGACACGCUGAAGCUUCAGAAGAAGGCAAAGAAAGCGGAUGUAUUCGGCCGCGGAGACAUCCAGCCGCAGUUGGACAGCGCCAAGCAGGACGUCAGCGACAAGUACCUCCUGCUGGAAGAGGCGGAGAAGCAGGCGGUGAGGAGAGCGCUGGUGGAGGAGAGGGGUCGCUUCUGCUGCUUGGUGUCCAUGCUGCGGCCCGUCGUGGAGGAAGAGAUGUCCAUGCUUGGAGAGAUCACUCACCUUCAGACUCUGACUGACGACCUGAAGAUGUUAACCAUGGACCCCCACAAGCUUCCCCCUUCCAGCGAGCAGGUGAUUGUUGACCUUAAAGCCUCAGAGUGCACGUGGUCCUAUCAGACUCCGCCCUCUUCCCCGAGCACCACCGUGUCCAGGAAGUCCAGCAUGUGCAGCAGCAGUCUGAACAGCGUCAACAGCAGCGACUCCCGCUCCAGCGGCUCCCACUGCCACUCCCCCACCUCCCACUUCCGUUACCGCUCGUCCUCGUCCUCGGCGCUCCCGCUGCAGACGCCCGCCCGCCUGUCUUCGGUCUCCUCUCACGACUCCGGCUUCAUCUCCCAGGAUGCCUCCCAGUCCAAAUCUCCCUCCCCCAUGCCUCCGGAGCAGUUACAGCUGUCAAACGGUUUUGACCAUCACGCUGCCUCCUGGCUGUAUGGUGUAGUACUACAGGACACCCCCCUCCACCUGCCCUAUUUCACCUCCACCGCCGCCUCACCCAUGUCCCCGCCCUCCUCUUCGUCUGUGUCUCACGUCUGGUGCUCCUCCAUGAUCUCAUCAUCUAGAGUCCCAUCCUGGAAGGACUGGUCCAAGCCGGGCCCCUAUGACCAGCAUGUGCUCAGCACCUUGAGGCGGAGCAAGGAGAGACGGGAAGUGGGUGCUGAUGUCACCACUCCAGGGGAAGAGCUACAAGGUGUCAAAGGAAGCCCCUCUCUCACAUCACCAAAGGAGGACAGGGCGGCGCACCAGGAGCUAGCUAAGGCACUGGCCCGCAGUCUCCACCUUGACUUCCAUGGCUCCAGUAGGGACUCUCUGCAGGGCUCCAGCGGCUACAGCAGUCAGACCAACACACCGUGCUGCUCCGAGGACGCCGCCCCCUCGCAAGACUGCGACUACUUCUCUGUAGGGGCGGAUCAGGAGGCCGACCAGCAGAAUGCCGACUUGGAAAAGGCCCUCGGUGUCCCGCGGCCCGGAGACGGCGGUCCGUCGUGCCGCCGUGUGUUCCAGUCCAAACGUACCGCGUCCACCUGCGUGCCCCCCAGCAUUUCUGCGGUCAUCCCACCAGGGGUGGCGACCAUUCGACGAACGCCAUCCUCCAAGCCCAACCUCAGACGUCCGUCGCAGGGCCUCUCCUUGGGGCCCAUCCCCAUCAAGCCCCCAAUGGUCCCGGUCAAGACCCCCACUGUGCCAGAGCAUUCCGGGUUCCCCAGCAGCAGGUCGUCAGAGGACGGAGGCACCCCACGUACACCCCUUAGCCCCCCAAAGACCCCUCUCUCAUCAGGGAGCAGCGGAACAUUUUCCCCUCACUUGGAUCUUUGGGAUUUGCGGCACCGGGGCGGAGGAUCCGACCCACCUACGCCACCGCCGCAGACGGGACGGUGCUCCGAAAUGGAGCGGCGUCCUCUCCCGGAGCUGCUUGAGGAGAGCGAACACGUUGAAGGCGUGGAGGAUUUCCUGGUGGCGAUCCGGCGCGGCGUCAAGCUGAAGAAAACCAAAACGAACGACCGCUCGGCACCGAGGGUCUACUGAAGCCCCGUCUGAUGGCGGGCCAUUUUGCUGUACAAAGACUUUAGGAGCAAACAAAGCGACACACAAUAACACUUAUGAAAAUGCUGCAGCUGUUCCUGUCGGUGCACCGAGGACAAAUCGAGUCACAUAUUUUUCCUGUUUGCGACGCCGACUGAAGCACUUCUCCCUUUAAGAGGAUGAGUCGGACAUGUUGGUUCCGCUCUGAGGAUCGUUACCUGUUUGUGCCAAACGUGAGCAAAGUGUGCCUCACACGAGUCGUGUGGCUCAAAUGCGUCAAUCACUCUUUGAAUGUUUUCUUUUGCACGCUCCCGCUUCAAGUGCCAAAAGCGCCGAUACCUGGUCGUAUUUUUAUGAGUUUGGCCUCGAAAGACUUCAAGCUAAAAGUGUUUGUACAAUUAAGAAGCGCUAGCAUGUUGUUGCUCUUUGUACACCCACCAAGCAGGAUGUUGUACAAAAACAUUUCCAGUGUUUCAAUUUCAUCUUCACUCUGACUUACUAUUGUUUGUACAUUCAUUUGCUCCCAGUAUGUCAAUUACUAUCAAUCAAAUCAGAUGCAAUAUGAUGAUAUAUUAUUAGUAAGUGGCUGUUGGGGAAACACUGACAUGAGACUAAACGACCCUAUAAGUCCAUCCAUGUUCUACCGCUUGUCCCUCUCAGGGUGGCGGGGGGUGCUGGAGCCUAUCUCAGCUGCAUUUUGGCGGAAGGCAGUGUACACCCAGGACAAAUCGCCACCUCAUCGCAGGGCCAACACAGAUAGUCAUAAAAUGCAUAAUAUUUAGCUGACAUAACACCCUCUGGUGGACAGUUUCUGUAUGCUGAAUAACGACAAUGAAGAAUGCACAGCUAGCAUAGCAUUUAGAAUAUUUUGUGUUUUUUGUGCGAUACGUCAUUGUUUAGUUGAUGCUUUUCUCUUGUUUAUAGUGUCCAGUGAGUGCAUAUCGUCUCCUAACAGGCUUCUGUGGCCAUUGAGCCACAAGAAGAAAUUGUGGUUUAUGACAUUUGAAAAUUGACGGUCCUUUCACAAAUGUACUUUUCCAGCGAGACUCACGUACUUAAAACUUUAAAGAUGCGAGCGGAUUAAUGCUGCUAAAACCAAUCCAAUGCCGUAGGUCAACAAAUGCGAGGCCAGUGUUUCUCAAGUAGUGGAGAGCAGCAGGGGAUAGUCUAAUUAAUUACUCUCUAAUAUUCAUGUUAGCCUGCAUCUUGGUGGCAGCAGUGCUUCAUCUAAUCAACAAGCUCUUAUACAGGAAGUCUUGAACAUAGCUAGCGAGGAAGUUUGUGAUGGAAAUUAAAAGAAAAAAGGCAUAAAACUAACUCACAGUGCGCUGUAAAGAUUAUUAAAUAGAUUAAAGUUCUCAGUAAUAAGUCAAUUCCGGGGGGUCAUGACAGGAAAUAACUGAGAGCCAGCAGGCACAAGACAUUGAUACAACGAUGAUUAUACAUACAUGUUCUCUAAAACUGACUUCGAAACAACGUUGCAAAAUAGUUGUAUUUGUAAAUUGAGACAUUG